UACUCCAUGACUGAUGACCACCGCCGCCCAGAGGAGACGACUCGGAAAGCUAUAAGAGAGGGCUUGAACCAGCAGGUAUUCUCAAGCUCUCACAAUUGUACAGCUUAUUAAUCUCACUUCACCAUGUUCGCUCGUAUCUCUGUCUCUGCUUUCCUGGCUCUACCUCUCCUUGCCAGCGGCGGUGUCAUUCCUGUCGUCCUUCCCCGUGAUGCUAUGACUACGAGCUCCCCCGUCUUGGGCAGGCAGGUUGUAACAAUCUCCCCAGUCACUCCAGUCCUUCCCCGUGAUGAAUCGGACGAUGGUGCGGUUAUUACAGCCAGGCAGAUUAUUCCCGCCCUUCCAGCACCUCCCGCCCCUCCCGCCCCUCCAGCUUUCCCAGCUUUCCCAGCCCCUCCCGCCUUUCCGGCACCUCCUGCUAUUCCAGCCCUUCCCCUUCCGGGCCUUCCGACCCUUCCUCUUCCUGGCCUUCCGAACCUUCCCCUUCCAGGCCUUCCGACUCUUCCCCGUGACGAAUCGAGUGCUAUUACGGGCAGGCAACUUCCGGCACUUCCCGCCUUUCCCGCUCCUCCUGCCAUUCCAGCCCUUCCCCUAGGCCUUCCGACUCUUCCCCUUCCAGGCCUUCCGACCCCCCCCCUCCCAGGCCUUCCGACCCUUCCCCGUGACGAAUCCAGUCUAACGGGCAGGCAGGUUGUUACAAUCUCCCCAGUCCUUCCCGCCCUUCCCCGUGGACACUCUCCUCCAAACAGAACAGCCUUGUUUCGCCCGGCAACAAGGAAAUUUUCAAGAAACGGAGCGUUUAUGUGAUUUUGUAAAGUAGUACCUUCGUUCGUAAAUAUAGAGAAAACAACAUUGCUGGAUAGUAGCAAAUAAUGCCAAUGACUAUUAAUGAUUCCGCUAUAUAUUGCUCGGAGUUUCCUGUGAAGUGAAGCAUAACUCUCCUUAUCGACUAAGAUCGAUCCGCUGGAAUAUAGAUAUUUGAGUUCUAGUGUGCAGAAUGAUAUCACGUCGUCUAAGCAUUGAUGUAUGUUACUACCAGGGAGAAAGUGUGUACACACAUAAGCAUUGCAUGGGUCCAACGCAAGGAGAAGAU